AUGCUCAAUGACUUGGUCAAAGAAAGCGCGAAAGUUGGUUUGAAAAUCAAUGAAUCAAAAACAAAAUCAAUGCGCAAUCGAUUUGCUACAUCAAGUCCAAUAACAAUCGCAAACACCCCAAUCGGAAAUGUUGAAGAAUAUGUGUAUCUUGGAAGACAAUUGAAUCCACCAAAUGAGAUUCUACCAGAAAUUCACAGAAGAAGAAGAGCCGGUUGGGCCGCAUUCAAGUCUAUCGAACAAGCGACAGAUUCCAUGACCUGCCAGAAAACCAAGGCAAAACUCUUUGAUCAAACAGUCCUCCCCGCUCUAUGUUACGGAGCCGAAACCUGGACCUUGACAAAGAAAAAUAGUGAAGCACUCCGAGUUUCACACGCGGUUCUCGAACGAAGAUUAGUCGGAAUUAAAUUGAGCGAACAACGCGAACGCGGAAUACAUCAAGAAGAUAUUCGUCGAUUAUCGCAGGUGAAAGAUCCACUCAAGCACAUCCGCCAACAAAAACUUCGAUGGGCUGGACACAUCGCAAGAAGAACCGACAGCCGCUGGACAACAACAACCCUUGAAUGGUGCCCAAAAGAUUGGAAACGACCAGUUGGAAGACCGCCAAUGAGAUGGUCAGACGAAUUAAGGAAAAACUACUGUAUAUAUGACAACAACAACAAAAUGGUCAAACAUUGGACUACUCGUGCCAAAGACCGAGAUUUAUGGAGAGCUGUGGUCCGCGCUAUAUGCUGAUGAACGGAUCAACUAAGUAACUAAGUAAGUAACUCAUUAUGAUAUUUUGGCGAGUGCUAAAGGUAUCAUUUGUACUCCUGAUGCUCCAGUUCAAUAUUUCAAACUUCCGAAAUUACACAAAUGUAAUUAUCAUAGACAAUUGAAUAGUCAAACAAAAGUAGUAAGUUAUGAAGUAUAUAAACCGAACAUUAUUGAAUAUUCAAGUGAUGCAAAAUUGUGUAAGAAAUUAGUUAGUGAAGUAUCAAUGUAUACAGAUUUUUCAGGAUAUGAGCAUUUAGUAGAAAAGCGUGUGGAAAGUCAAAACACAAAUAAAAAAUUAAUUUUUCCGAGAAAAUAGUGCAUAAUAUCUAAGGACACUGGGGCUAGUCAAAAAAAAAGUCAAAUGACGUCAAGUGUGAACAUCUUAGUUAAUCAAAAAUUUAUUACAUUCAUAAAUGUUCUAUUCAUCAUUUUUUAAAGAUAAUUUCUGGUCAACAUGUUUAUCCAAACACCCACUAUGCAUCACUGUAUAUUGAAGUCGAAGUUAUCGGAAUUCCCAAUGAUUGUGUUCGUGAAAAAUCCAAAGUUGUUCAACGCAAUUCAGUUAAUCCUAUCUGGAAUCAUACCACACAAUUGCGUAUUGCUUGUGUUGAUUUGGCAUUCUUGCGAAUUGCAGUUUGCGAUAGCGGUCAAAAUGGAAAAGUUGUUGCACAUCGUGUAGUUCCGGUUCAAUGUAUUCGCCCCGGUUUUCGACAUCUUCCUCUCAGAACACCUACAAAUCUUCCAAUUGAUAAUGCGAUGAUAUUUUUGCGAACAAGAUUUGAGCAAGAAGAGCAUAUUUAUCUACACGAUGAUGAUUCAAAUGCUUAUUGUAAUUUGGAACAUACACUUGCAUAUAGAACUGAUAUGGUAUAGAUUUUUCUUUUUGCAAAUAUUAUUCAUAUUUUUAUUUAACCUUAUUUUAUUUUAUUUUAUUCCAUUUAAUUAUCAUAUUUCGAACAAGUUUCAUAUUAAUUUAUUUGUAAAAAUUACUCGGUAACACCACGCGUCAUUUUUCAUACUGAAAUUACUUAUUUCAGACACCUGGAUUAUCACCAACACCAAUUUUGAAGAAACAAAUAUUUGUGCUUCGUAUUACUGGAGCAUUUGCGGAUGAGACUGCAAUCACAGUUCAUAGUGAAUCUGGCAGCACAGUAAAAACUGUGAUGCAACAAGCGUUGUUAAAUGCUGGAAAGAAUGCAGACCAAGUUGAAGAAUAUGUGUUGAUUGAGGAAGCGAUUCCAUCACAAUCUGGAGAAGAUCCGAUUGAUCAGAGGGUAGGGGGUUUUGAGGGUUUUGAGAAUUUUCAAAAUGUUUGAUAGUAGUACAACAGUUUUUCUAAUUCAAGACCAAAAAACUCUCACAACACACUUGAUUUUCAGGUUCUUCCUCUAAAUGAGCCAAUAAUGGAUGCGGUGGCCUGCUGGAAUGGCUCAAUGCGACGUUUUGUAUUGCGCAAAAAAGGCAGUGUGAGUUACGAAGAGAAGCGUCGCAAUCGUAAGACUAGCAAAUCGUCGCGUAAACUCAAUUGGGCGGCCACGUUUGACGCGUCGACAAUGCCAGCCAGCAAUGUCUAACCCAUACCAACCAAUUAUUUUUCCACCAACAACAAAACACCUCUUUUUUAUGUUUCAUUUUAAUUUAAUUUGUUUCCUUCCUACCUACCUAAUACACCUUGAUCAUCACACUAAUUCAUGUUUUAUACAACCGAAACCAACUCGAUUAAUUUGUUCUUGUGAUAUGCUUGCGUCCGUCCAUCCGUCAAGACGUGUCCCAGUCAGGUGAGAAUGACUGACUUCUCUUCUCAACUCUUCUUCCACUUCUCUUUGGGGCCGAUAAACAAUUUGGAAUGGCUAUUUGGAUUAUGUAGUGAAAAAAUUGCAUGCUGAAUGCUAACGCUUUGAUUUUUUUGCAUUCCAAUAACGCUUUACCUCGGGUUUCCAAUAAAAUUACAAAAUUGAAUAUAUUUUAGGAUCCCUCAUCCCGCGCCUGGAUCACUUCAAUAAUCAAAUCUGGCACCACCAGCUCAACAUCAGUUGCACCAAGUCCAUUAACAAAUAUUAAAUCUGCAUCCAGUACUCAAUUACAUGGCAGAAGUCUCGACUCUGAAGCGAUUGGUGAACAUUUAGAAGUUACAGAAGGCAAGUGUAAGUAUCACCAAAAUUUUUUGAGAAAACUGAAGAAUAUUUUAGGGUUAAAUCCACGUGCCAGGUCAAUGGGUGAUACUUUCCUAGUUUGUGUACAUAAUGUUAGUGAGGAUCAACCUUAUGCUAUUUUGCGUGCUAGUAUUAAUAGCACCGCUUCUGAUAUUAUUCGACAGGUAAUAUUAUUUUUUAUAAAAUUGAUUUUCUAAUUUUCAUAGAAAUCAACAUCGACUUUGAAAUUUCCAUACAAAAUUAAAAUUUACAGGUAUUUGUAAAAGCUAGACGACCAAACAUUGAUGAGACCGAAUAUGUGCUUGUUGAAGAAACCAGUGAUGAUUCGAAAGCUCCGUCAACAGGACCAAGUAUGCUUCAAGCUUUAACAUUGGCUCGAAAAAGAAGCAAUGACCGUAUGCAUAUAUGUUGUUUUCUCAUCAUAUUUUUACACGUUGUCACAACUUCUAUUCGAUGCUAUUAUUCUUUUGGGCUGGGAUAUUUAUAUGUUCAAUUCUGUUUUUCUUUCAAUUUUCAUUUUUCAGUGUCAAACAAGUACAACUCAAACAACACAAGUACAACUCAAACAACACAUUUUCUCAACAUUUUUCUAUCGAAAAUUGUCCCUUCAGCCCUUUUCAAAGUAAUCCCUCAUUGA